AGUCGGCCUGUGGCGUCAUAUAGACCGCAGUGCAGUGAGUUCUAGCCUUGCAGAUUCCAACCCUUUCCUACCAUCCCUGGGAUGUAAACGUUUCCGGAUUUCAGUUUUUUCAACUUGGGUCCUGCCAAUGUCCUUAAUAGCCAUUGAAAGGGAAAAACUAACGCACUGAGAUGUCAGCUUAAUACCUGCGCAUGAGCGGUGACCCGAGCGGAGAGACCGGGGCGUGGCCUGCGCGUGGAGAUUCGGCGCAUGCGCUCAGCUCGCUCCCUGCAGCUGGAGCUGGGUGGCAGCUGGAGUAUGUCGGCCCCAUUUGAGGAGCGCAGUGGGGUGGUUCCGUGCGGGACACCGUGGGGCCAGUGGUACCAGACCUUGGAGGAGGUGUUCAUUGAAGUUCAGGUGCCGCCAGGCACUCGCGCCCAAGAUAUCCGGUGCGACCUGCAGAGCCGGCAUGUGGCGCUGGCGGUGGGUGGCCGCGAGAUCCUCAAGGGCAAACUCUUUGAUUCUACAAUAGCUGAUGAGGGAACAUGGACUUUGGAGGACAGAAAAAUGGUUCGUAUUGUUCUUACAAAGACAAAAAGAGAUGCAGCAAAUUGUUGGACUUCUCUUCUAGAAUCUGAAUAUGCAGCUGAUCCUUGGGUACAAGACCAAAUGCAGAGAAAACUUACAUUAGAGAGAUUCCAGAAAGAAAAUCCUGGUUUUGACUUCAGUGGAGCAGAAAUCUCAGGAAACUAUACUAAAGGUGGACCAGAUUUCUCAAAUCUGGAGAAAUAGCUGCUUUUUUUUGCUGCGCUCUGUGGACUUCGCAGAUGGUGCCGCUGGAUCAAAGGAUCAGAUCAUGUGGUGGGAGACAAGUGUGGAUGCCGCAGUUAACAAAAUGCAAAGUAUAUUUAAAUGUGGUUCUAAAAAUUGUAUUCAAGUAUGAUUUACAUAGGAAACAUCUUAAAUACUGUGGGAACUGUUCUAUUGAUAUAUGAUAACUUUUUUUUUUGGACUUGUUUUUGCUCAGCAUGAAGUUUUGUAUGCUGCAUUUUUCUAAUUUCAUAUUUAACCUAUAUUUUUAAUACAAAAAGAUUAGGGUAUAGAUCUUAUGAAAUGACAGGGUGCCUUCAGGAAAAAUUCAGUUUUUUCUGUUAAUGACUGUGAUGCAGGAAUAACAUUCAAUAAACUUUUCUAAAU